GUUGGCAGAAAGACUGGCGCAGGCCCAUCUGGGCAGCUAAUGAUCUACGUCCUGACCGAAAUACCAGCCGACACGGAAAUCUUCAAUACCUACGGGGAGUUCUCCAACGACAAGCUCCUUCAAGACUACGGCUUCGUGCUGGAGCAGAACGCUUUCAACACCGUCACGCUUGCAAGGAGCAUGUUGGCCCCUGGGCGGCGCUUUCGUCGUCAGCUACGCUUCGCCGCACAGCACGCGGCUGUUCUCGGCCUCACCCAGGCUGGCAGCGAGGAAGAGUCGGAGGAAGGCAGCGAAGAUGCGGAAAUGGGCAGCAGCCAGGAGCAAGGACUGGCCACCUUUUUUGAGCUCGACCGCGGGCCUCUGCCAAAAGCGUUGCGGGUGCUACUUGCAGUAUUGAGCCUGCCUACCUCCACUCUGGUCCGGGCACGUGCUGCGCCACCGGGG